AUGGCGAGCACGGCCCCGGGCUGGUCGCCCACCCACGUGCGGGUGACGGUGCUGCGGGCGCGGGGGCUGCGCGCCAAGGCGGCGGCGGGCGGCAGCGACGCGUACGCGGUGAUGGCGCUGGGCCGCGACAAGUUCCGCACGUCGGUGGCCGAGCGGUGCCGGGGCGAGCCGCUGUGGCGGGAGGAGGCCACGUUCGAGCUGCCCGCGCGGCCCGCCGCGCUGCGCCUCACCGUGCUGCACCGCGCCCUGGCCGGCGCCGACAAGUUCCUGGGCCGUGCCGAGGUGGAGCUGGCCGCGCUGAGGGAGGACGGCGGGCGGCAGCACACCAGGUGGUACAAGCUUCGCUCCAAACCAGGGAAGAAGGAAAAGGAGAGAGGGGAGAUUGAGGUGGAUAUCCAGUUCAUGAGGAGCAACAUGACAGCCAGCAUGUUUGAUCUGUCCAUGAAGGACAAGCCCCGCUCUCCCUUUGGGAAGCUCAAAGACAAGCUCAAGGGCAAGAGGAGCAGUGGCCUCUCGGACACGGCGUCGGCCAUCGUCCCCAGCACCUCCCACUCCCCUGCUGACAGCGAGGAUGAGGCAGUGGAGAAGGAGAAGAAGAAAUCCAAGUUCAAAGCACUGUUCUCCAAGCCUGGCCUGCAGAAGACAUCCCUGUCCCAGUCCAUGUCAGUGCUGCCCACUCAGCAGCCCCUGACCCAGAGGGUUCGGCUGAGGCCCAGCGACUUCCAGGCGCAGUGGGAUGAGGAGGAGUCUGAGACCUCUCCUGCCUCAGAACGAUCCUUUGAAAAUGUGCCAGAACAGAAGCCAGCUCCUUCUCCUCUGUUUAAAUCUCGUAAACCAGCCUUUUUGGACAGUAGGCAGCUAACCCAGGGAACCACUAACCACACCAAAAAGGAUGGGCUCUCUUUGUUCAGUGGCCUUAAAUCCAAAAGUGAUCCCAUGUCCAAGUCCAGUCUGUGCAUCAAUGGCAGUCAUGUUUAUAUGGAAGAGACCACGAUGAAGGACAAGACUCCAACCUCCUCCCCCUCUCCUCACAACCUCAGGAGGAAGCAGCUCUUUGCUUCAGAGGAGAACCUGUCCUCCAGGUCCACUAAAUCACCUGAAGAGAUGGGGAGAACCUCUCCUGGGCAGGCAUUCUCUGGGUCCACAUCCUUGGAGACCUUCAAAUCCAUGACUUUGCCAUCAUACAAACUGCUGAGCAGUGAGGAGCACAUGGACACCAGCGUUCCACCAAGCAUUGAGCCUGUUAGAGAGAUCAAAAAACCAGACCACAAAAAGUCUGCCUUGCUCUCCCUGGUCACUGGGAAGAAGGAAAUGGUGAAGCCCAGUGAUGCUGAGAUUAUUCCCGACAGGAUCCUGCAGAGUGAGGAAAAUACAAUUCUGGAAGAGAAGAGUGAAGAGGAGGCCAAAUGCCCUGAAGCCCCAGCAGAUCUGGGCAGAGGGAGCCCAUCAGGAGAUGCUCACCAUGUGGAGGAGCCCAUCACAACCAAGCAGGUGCUCAGCCCUUAUGAGGAGGAACAGAAACCUGAGAAAGCUGCACCAGCCAAGACCAAAGCUGUGAAACCCAGACUGGGCCUGUCUCCAGAGGAGGAACUCAAAGCCACACUUCCUACUCUUGCACCUGACCCCCUCCCUGCUUUUCUCUCUGUGCACCGUAUCAGCAGUGCCAAUAAUCCUUUUAUUUCUGAAGUGGGGCAGGCAGUCCAAGUGCCAGACUCUGAAAACAACACUAGUUCUCCUGCCUCUCUCACUUCUCCUGCUUUUGCUUCAGACCUCUGGAAUGACAAGAACCCUUUUACUCCUGAGUGGGAUAGGGCAUCCAGAGCCCUGGAUCCCAACAGCAUCGCCCAUUUCCCCUCAUCCCAUCAUCCUGCAGCCUCUGGUCCCAAAGUGCCUCUUCCUGUGCGGGUCUCUGCCAGGGGCAAUAAUCCUUUUGCUGCUGACUGGGGGCAGGGUCCUGAGGGCUCUGAGGCUUCCUGGGGUCUCUCUGUCUCAGGCACACCUUCUGUCCCCUCUGACUCUCCUUUCAAGGACAACAAUCCCUUCGUGUCCAAGCGUGGGGCACAGGCAGUGCCACAUUUCCAGGCUGGUUCUUCCCCUUCCUGCCUUCCUGGUGGGGAGGACUGUUCCUCUGCAGGACACCCUGCUCGUGGUGCUUCAGGGGGCUCUGCAGAUGUGGCUUUAACCAGUGAUGUCACAGCUGUGCCACACCCUCUGGGCGCCUUGUCUGACCCCCCUGGGCUGGCUUCAGAGCCACACUGGGAUUCUGCCCAGCUUCAGCCUGAGGGUUCUUUGGAAAGCAGCAAGGCAGGCCGUGGGAAAUCUGUCUCCUUUGUCCUUGGGGAAUGGCAGGGUGUUCCAUCAGGUGAUGUGGGUUUGGAUGGGCAGGAAGGUGGAGAGCAGCCCCUGGAUUCCAGUGGGAGGUUACAGAUGAGUUCAGGGGCAGCAGGAGAGCAAGCAGGGUUUGAGGGUGAGCUGGGAGCAGGGGGUGACCCAUCAACAGAGCUCUCUGGGGACAGCACACAUCCCACCUGGAGCAGUGAUGGAACAGCUGUGGAGGUCAGUGGUGUGAGCACUGAGCCCUGCACGAGGGGUGACAAAGGUUUUGUGUCUCUCUCCGAGUGCAGUGACAGCCUCCUCCCAGAGGCUGACCAGGCACAAUCCCCCAAGAGCGAGCUCAGGGAGGAGCAGACCUGUGGUGGGAAGCAGUGGGCAGAAUGUGUGCCCACGUUAGAGCCCCAGGCACCUCCACCUGCUGGAAAUGAGCCACUUUCUCAAGUGCAGCCAACACCGAGAGCCUGCACGGUGUCCCCUGGGGAAGGGGAUCCAGGGAGGGCUGGCACUGAGGUCCUUGUGCCCCCAAAGCCAGCCCCACGAGUGGCUGUGCUGCUGAGGAAAUCCCCAGUGACUCCCCAGGCUGAGCCGAGGGGUGAUGUUCCUGCUUCAGGGGAUGCUGCAAAAUCCACCCCAGGACUCCCGUUCCCUGAGGCCUCGGCUGCUCGUGGGUGCCUCCCUCAAGGGGGCUCCUUGGGGGCUGUCACCCCUGCAGUGGCACCCAGAGGUAAGAGCAGUGGCAGGCCUUUAGAAAAGGAAGGUGCUGAUGAUUUGUCUGUCAGUCUGGCAAACGUCAGGCCUGCCGUUCCUGUUCCCGGGGACUGCGGCUCAGCGCUGCCCGUGAUCCCGGAGGGAGGCUCCGAUGACGAGCUGCUGGGGGACUGCCAGGACAGCUGUGGGGCCACUGCAGGUGACAGAGGUGUUCUAGGGAAUGGAGAGCAGCCCCAAGGUUUGACACCUUUGCAUGGAGAACAGAGAGAGCUCUCUGCUAGCUCUGCUGCAGCCCCGGUGAUCCCAGCUGCUCUGGGAGGAGGAGCAGAAGCCAUGCCUGGUGCUUGUGAGCCAGGGACUUUGGCUGUGCUGCCUGCUGUGAGUGUUCCCAGGGUCUGUGUCCUCGGAGCUGACUCAGGCUUAGGUGUGACAUCUCAUUCCAGGGAGUGUGACAGUCAUUUUGAGAAAGAAGAGCUGGAAAGGAGUGCAGGUGCUGAGGAACAUGCAGAGUGUGACUUCUCUGAGCCUUCUGCUUUCUCUUCCUCCCUGUCAAGUCCUUGCCAGCCCCACUCUUCCUCUCACUCCCUUCUCUCUGACACCCCGAGUCAUAGAGCAGAGUCUCCGAAAAAGCCAAGAGCCGAGGGCUUCGCAGAUAAAGCAGGAAAUUCGGGCAAGAAGAAACUUCUCCAGGCACGGGUUUCACCCUCUGAAACGUUCCCUAACCACACCCCACGGGGUGCUGAAACCGUGUCUCCCCAGCACAGACUCCAUCCUGUGAAGCCAAUGAAUGCCAUGGCAAACAAGCCUCAGAGCAAGAACCUGAAUGUCAUCAGCACCAUGAAUGAAAAGCUGCUGGAAAUGAGUGUGAAGAAAUACGAUCCCUCAGACCCUGCCUAUGCCUAUGCUCAGCUGACACACGAUGAGCUGAUCCAGCUGGUGCUGAAACAGAAGGAUACCAUUACCAGGAAGGACCUCCAGGUGCGAGAGCUCGAGGAUUACAUCGACAACCUGCUCGUCAGAGUCAUGGAGGAAACCCCAAACAUCCUCAGAGUCUCCAUAUCUGGCAACAAAAAAGCUGGGAAGAUGUGAAGGGUCUGGUGGGCAAGGACUGAAUCCCCCCAGGGGAGGGUGAGGAGCUGGUGGUGCUGCUUGUGCUGCUCACAGAAAAUGAGAGAAUGAGAAACCUUUUCCUGUUUCUGCCUUGAGCAACCCUCGGAAUGAUCAAUAGUUCCAUCAAGUGUUGUAAUGAACUCACUGUUAUUUAUUUUUUGGUUUAUUCCCAUUAUUUGGGAAGGUCAGGCACAAGGCUGUGAUGGGAAGGAGGAGGGUUUUUGAUGUGUUUUGCUUCCCAGCAAGGCACUGAUGAUCCUUUAGGAAGAUUUCUUUUUUAAAUGGUUUUAUUUUGUAGCAGCUGUUAGAGAUCAGUUACUUUUCUUUCCACAUCUGAAGUUGUAGUGCAAUAUAAAUCCUUGUACAGUAGAGCUUGAGGAUUUGAUUGUUUUUGAAAUAAUAAUUAACUACACUGGAGAAAGUCCAGAGAUGGCCCAGCUUCAGACCUGGGCUGUAAUUUAAAGGAAUUAAUACCCUGAAAGUUGACUGUAAGCUGACCAAAUCUCAGUUCAUCUCAUCAAAUGGACAUUCCCAAGAGUCCUUCAAGGGAAGCUUUUCAGGUUUUUUGGAGUAGGAGACAUUGAGGUUCACGGUACGUUUCUGCCAUAGGAAUGGCAUCAAGGAAUUUAGGCCAAAGGUACGUUUUAAAUCAGAAAUUGUUCUCUUAGUGUCUUCAAUUUCUGCUCUGGAGGUUGUUCAGGGCAGGCAGGGGCUGCCCUGGCUCUGCCCUGGCUCUGCCCCUUGUGCCCUGUGGGAACUCUGUGACCUUUUCCCUUUUGAGGGACACAGAAAUCCUUUGGGGUUUGGAGCUGGGGCUCACCUUGAAGGCCCUUCCAAAGGUACAUUUUAAAAUCAGAAAUUGUUCUCUUAGUGUCUUCAAUUUCUGCUCUGGAGCUUGUUCAGAGCUCACCUUGAAGGCCCUUCCAAGGUGAUCAGCCUUGCAGUGCUUUUUGCUGUCAUUCCAGACAGGGGCUGGGCUCCUGCCUGCUCCCAGUGGGAAGAAAACCUUGUGUGGCUGAGGGAGCUGGGUGUGCUGGACAGCCCAGAGCCCCUGGGGGUCUCAGGGGUGUUCUCCCCAUCCCCUCAGGCUGCAGGAACAGCUCCUGGCUGGGGAGCAGCCACCACAGCUCCUCCCACUGCAAACUGAGCCGGGCUUUGUUUGCUGAGCCCUUGGCACAGAUCAAACCCAUCAGAUGCCUUUUGGGACCCCUGGAUUUACCAGGCUAGGGAGAGCCCAUGAAAGGCUUAGAGGGAAGCUGGAGAACCAACAGAGCCCUGCAAAGGACCAAAGCUUCAUGAGGACCAAAGCUGAAAGCUUUCCAGCCUUAAUUCUAUGGAAAUAAACACUCCUGCCUUUGGAAAUUGUUGGGUUAUUGGGUCACUCCUGGCCCAGGGGUGAGUUUCUAACUCCAUUUUUCUACAGGAAAGCACUUUAUUGGGGGGCUGGAGCAGCUCUCACCCUGUGAGCAGUCUGCUUACAACGUCACAAACCACUGGAGGUCUCAAAUGCUGUAUUUUGUAGCGAGGAGCAGUUUGAUAGCUUUGCACAGAGACGUAAACAUAUAUUAGAAAAAUCAAAGAAAUGCUCUAAAUGACAUUUUUAUUCCUGCUACCAAAGUCUGGAGCUUUACUGGCAGAGCUGUCCCUCGUGGGCAGCCUGACCUCAAACAAGCCUUAGGAGCUGAGAGUCUUGCAAGACUUCAGGUCCUUUUAUCUCAUUUUGGUGUUAUUUGAGCAGUGAGGGUGUUCUCUCCUUUCUGGUGGCCUUGGUGGUGGUUUCAUUCUGGUGGUGCUGCUUGGCCUUGCUGCAGCUGCUGCCUCCUGUGCCUUCUCGAGUGAGGAAGAUGAAGGAUUGAUUUGUUUCCUCCUCGUGCUUCCUUGGAUCUCUGGACAGAGGAUCCUGUACCUCAUUGAUAAACUUGUAUUUUAGACUUUCUCUCUGCUGGGAGGAGUGACCUGCACAGAACCAAAGCAAUAAAUAAUAUUAUUAUUGAUAAAAUUAAUAAUAUUAUGCUCUUAGCAGAGAUGAAGCCUUAACACUUGGGAGAGCCUCCCCUGGCAGCCUUUCUGUGCCAGUUCCAGCCCUGGGUGUUGGCUGGAGCCCGAGCUGAGCCUGGGGCUCUGCUGUCCCUGGGGGGCACAGGGGGGGUCCCAGUCCUCGACCCCCUCAGCCCCAAAAGCCCCACCCAGCCCUCAUACCUCAUUUUUAUUGGCAACACUCAUUAAAGCCUUCCUUUGGUGUGGGGGGACUGGCAUUUCACAUCCUCAAGGGCCUUAAGAAUCAAAUCUGUUGUUUAUUAUUGAAGGAUCUAAUGCAUGUUCCCUGUUUGUACUCUCUGCUUUUAGCCCAGGUACUGUUUGUUUUUAAACACCUUCUGGUUUUAUGGAACACUAAAAUAAAGACAACUUGAACCCAG